AUGGGGAAUAAUAAUAAGACAACAUUUAUAGCCAGGAUAGGAUGCCAAUCAGUGGUAUUAUUCCUGGUACUUAUACCUUAUAUAUAUAUACUUAACUUUUCAAUAUUCCCAUGGUUGGAAUCACCAUUGACAACCAGUAGGGGAGUGUUCCAUUCAAUGCUAUCAACUUUAUUCACAAUCCUUAUAUUGGUAUCAUAUUAUCUAUGUAAAUCGACAAACCCUGGAGAAUAUCAAGACACAUUGUUGCCGUCGUACUACCUCAAUCAACCCGUGUCUCAGGAGGACGACAGGCGAUUCUGUACAAAGUGCGACGAGCAGAAGCCCGAGCGAGCACAUCAUUGCAACAUCUGCAAGAAGUGCGUGCUGCGGAUGGAGCAUCACUCAAUGUGGAUAGGCAACUGCAUUGGCCUGUACAAUCUCAAAUACUACAUCCUCUUCCUCUUCUACUCCUCUGUAUCCAUUAUUUAUUUUCUCUUCCUGCUGGUCCUUCGAGCGACUCAAAUCUUAAGCGAUAAUCAUUCAAACAACAAUCUCAACAACAACAAUAACUAUUCACUGGACAUUACCAAUGUGUUCAUAUCUGGCUUGCUGGUCAUUGUGAUGGUGGCGACAGAGGUGUCGAUUGGCGCCACACUUUGCACACAGGUACUGCGACUUGGCCGCAAUAUUACAUCGAUAGAGCAGGAGGACAUUAGAAAGAGGUCGGCAAAGAAGUUGUCCAAUCAGAGUCUCAUGUCAUUGAUUAGACGCUAUGACAAGGGAGGCGUGUACAAUAACAUUGCAUCAGUGUUUGGUAGCCAAUGUAUAGGCUGGCUACUGCCCAUCCAGAGCAAUGGUGACAUCUUUUUCCUUCGUCCAAGCAGUAGUAGUAGCAAUGGCAGUGGCCUCGACGGUAUCCACAGCAACGUCUGUCUGAAGAAGGGCGACAUCUUUGUUGUC